CAUGCAUGCACGCAAAAACGUUGCACGAACAAGGCAUUUUCGUGUGUUUCCCACCCUUCUUAUUUCCGGGCAAUAGAAUGUCGGGAUCAACAGAUGACAAUAUAAUUACAUCGGAUGAAGCCUUUCACUUCGUGCGAGAUGUCCUGGGAAUCUCUGCGCCGUCCACCAAGCUCAAGGCAAGUCCAAAGGACUUUCUUGAAGACAUCAUUCGAGCGUAUUUCCAUCACAUCCCAUUCCAGAACGUCAAAAAUAUUGCCACGCCCCACCACAAGAGACAUGUUCCUACCGUAGCCGAGAUCAAGCAGGAUAUUCUCAAAGCUAAGAUAGGCGGACUCUGUUACCAGGUCAAUGUCUGCUUCUAUCUCCUCCUCAAAGCUUUGGAUUUUGAUGUCACGCUUAUCGCUUGCGACAUCGGAUAUCCCAGCGACCACGUCGCCAUAAUCGUCCACAAUAUGACAAAUGAGGGCAGCAGGCAUUAUGUCGACGUCGGGACCGGGAAUCCGUUGUUUUGCGCUGUUCCUUUCGACUUCCAGGACGAGUCACCUGUGUACCAUGACUCCUUCCUGCGUUUCAAGUUUUCCCGCCAAGGUGACGUCAUAUUUUGUUUGCAUCAGGUCGAUGGUCACCCAGCCAAGCAUACCAUGGUAGCCAAUCGUAUCACCGAUGGGUGGUACCGAUAUAUCCGCAUUCAUUUCAAGGAAGGUGUCGAGAUAGCCCACUUUAAACCCAGCAUGACACCGAUCUAUGUCAGCAGUGAUGGUAUACCUAGACAUUACUUUCUAACCAGUGUCAGAUGCGUGGCGUUUCCCGACUGUCGCUUUGUUUGCAUCAAAGACACUACUCUUUUAAUAGAAAAUGAGAGUGGAUGCAUUUCGAAGUCCUACUUCAGGUCUCGUGAAGAGACCAAGGAGGCGUUUGCCAAAUACUUCCCCCAGAUUUCACAGGCAAUGCUGGAUGAAGCAAUGAAUGAUGAAUAUGCGAAGUUAGAUUACGAAAAGGGGAUUUUGUAAUAAAAUACGUCAAUAAAUCUGCUUAUGAAUUUGUUUGGAGGUUAAUUUUCAAUCAGAGUAACCACGAUAAACGGUGCUAAACAUUAUUAAUUUGUAUACUUUCUGCAAUACUUUCAUAGAAGGUGAUAAUGAUUUUAUAUCCUUUCUGACCACAACAAAAAGACGUGUACCAUUUUGUAAAAACCGAUUAGUCUAGAAGAACCCUUUGCGGUGAAAACUGCUUAGUGCAACAUGUACUGUGAUCAUUAUUCCAACUCUUCUCGCUUUCACAUUAUAUUUCAUGUAGAAUAUUGGCGAUAUAAAUAAUACUACAUAAUGAUAUUUUACCUUCUGUUUAGCGAAGCCCACCGAUUUUGUCUGAAAUAUUUGUUUUAAUUUCUUUUAUAUUCGUGUAAUAGGCCGACCAAUGCAACCCUACAAAAGAAAUGAUCGUUUGUUUGAUUUCAUUUUAGUAUAAUUCAACAAAAUAAAUAAUAAUAAGCAAACCAGGUACAUGAUAAUGUUAUUAGUAACAAGAGAUAAAUACAUGAUAUAUUCAUAUCAAGAUAUGAAUCAUUUAAAUAAUUAUACAUUGACAAAAAUAGUUGACAAAUCUUUUCAACUGUCGUUUAAUAGGCCUA